GUCGCGUGACGUCAGUGCCGUAAAGCGCCAGCCGCUGUCGUGAAUCGGCGCAUGUGUGGCUGUUGUCAUGCUGUGCGCUCAAAAUAUGCUAUCAUGAAAGAUUUUGGGUUAUUAUUAAUAGUGUAAAUGUAUAAACCGGAGCUGCUGGAUACCGUCUGCCGGCACAGAAUCACAGGCUGCUAAAGCUGCCGGAGAACUGAGAGGUAAUAUGACAAAGCUGCAGAACAUCAAAUUUAAGAGUGACAGAUUCAUAAACCAGUAACGUUAACUAAUGGAAGUUCAUAGUUCUCACAGUAAAUAAGCUCAGUCUGAAAGAUCUCGGUAAGAUCUCUCUGUAAGAUCUCGUAGUCCGGUUUCCUCGGGUCUAGAGCGUUUAGAGUUCGUGCUCGCUUCUGUUCUGGUUCGGGUCCGGGUUCUGGUCGAGGAUGUUUGUGCUGGUGGAGAUGGUGGACACGGUCCGGAUUCCGCCGUGGAGUUUCCACCGACAGCUGAACGACGCGAUCGCCGAGGAGCUCAACAAGAAACUCGCCAACAAGGUGGUGUAUAAUGUGGGUUUGUGUAUCUGUCUUUAUGACAUCACUAAACUGGAGGACUCCUACAUCUUUCCCGGAGACGGAGCGUCUCACACUAAAGUGCACUUUCGAUAUGUGGUUUUCCACCCGUUCCUGGACGAGAUUCUGGUGGGAAAGAUUAAAGGAUGCAGUGCUGAAGGUGUUCAUGUGAGCCUCGGAUUCUUCGAUGACAUCAUAAUCCCGCCGGAGUCGCUACAGCAACCGGCUAAAUUCGAUGAGGCGGAGCAGGUGUGGAUGUGGGAGUACGAGACGGACGAGGGUGCUCACGACCUCUACAUGGACCAGGGCGAGGAGAUCCGCUUCCGGGUGGUGGACGAGGUCUUCAUCGACACAUCGCCCACGGGUCCCAGCGCAGAGAAGGAAGGGCCAGGCGUGGGCGCAGGCGCGGGCGCAGCCGCAGCCACAGCGCUACCUGCAGGAGUGGAGGACAGCGUACAGCAGAAAGAGGCUCCGUACACACUCAUAGGAUCAGUAAGUGAACCAGGUCUGGGUCUUCUGUCCUGGUGGAACAGUUAACAGUCUCAUCUGUGUUAUGAACUGUGAGAAAUCAGCUGAAACUUCUCGUAAGACUCGUUUACACAAUGAACUGAAGCUCUGUGGACCAAUCAGUGAGCAGGUGGUGCCGACCAAUUGGAGACGCUUGAUAAAAGAGCCAUUUAUAAUGAUUUAAAUGGGAUUAUUUUGUUGUAUUGCUGUGUCCCACUGAGUUUACUUUAUAGAUAAAUUCUAUAAAAAAAUCUAUAAAAAUGUUUAGCAUUUAAUCUUUUUCUGACACUGAAUGGAAUAUUUUUGCGUGAUCAUGUAUAUAUGGUUUUUGGAUUUUUUUUUUUUCUCCUGCUUUUUACAACAUUAAAAAUGGAGUAAAUGAAAAAUGUUAUAAUCUAUUUAGUGUAUUUUGUAUUUUAUAUUUAGUUUACUUUGUAUUUAAAUUAUAUACAGUAUAAGAUUGCUAAACCUUUUUUAUUUAGAAUUUCUCUAUUUUAGGUUGACUUUUGGACUUUCCCUCCAUUAUAAGUUUGGAAAUAAAAACAAUAAUAGUAAACAAAUAAGGAAACUUGCUUUGCACCUAAACAUCCAAAUAAUAUGGUACUAAUAUGCAAAAAUUUGUCAUGUUUUAGAACAGAAUUCCUGUCCCCACAUUAUGAUAAGCAUCAUAAAUAUAUGUAUAUCCAU